AUGCAGAGAUUACUCCCCAAACUUCGCUCUUUCGCCAUUCAAUCUCGUCAAGCUCUACAACCUCUUCCGUCUUCUCGCCGUUUCCUCCACCACUCACCGCCGCAGCCACUUCACUUCGCUUCCAUUAACUCCACUCCCCGCCCUCUCUUCAGUUUCUCUUCAUUGCCUAUCCACGCGCCUUGCCCUUCCCCAUUUCCACUCUCCUUGAUUCAAGUGCGGAAUGUGUCGUCGAGGGAAAGGAAGAAGAGAAGGAAGCCAAUGACUCCGGUUAAUUCUAAGAUCAAGAAAACCAAAAUGAAAUCUUAUUCGUCUUACAAGUCCAGGUUCAGAUUAUUGAAUGAUGGGAGCUUUAGGCGUUGGAGGGAGGGAAAACGUCACAAUGCUCAUUUGAAGUCAAAGAUAUCAAAACGUAGAUUGAGAAUACCAUCUACUGUCCCUGCAGCUUAUGCCAAAGUAAUGAAGAAGCUCGGUUUUUGUGGUUAG